AAGCUAAAAACAAGCUUUUCGUCGUUACGCUUCAAACGGCCAAAAAAAAUGUCUAAAACACACUCACAGCCCCCCUCAUCUUCGGCAGCGACGACCACCGGGGGACCCUCCUCGUCCUCUUCGUCUUCGCCCGCUGGGGGCUCGACAUCUCCCGCGACCGUGUUGAACGUACAGCCCGAGAAACCUCAACAUUACACAUAUCUGAAGGAGUUCAGAACAGAGCAGUGCCCCCUCUUCGUACAGCACAAGUGUACACAGCACCGGCCUUUUUCCUGUUUCUACUGGCACUUCCUGAACCAGCGGCGCCGCAGACCAAUCCGCAGACGGGACGGGACAUUCAACUACAGCCCCGACGUCUACUGCACCAAAUACGAUGAGGGAACAGGCACAUGUCCUGAUGGAGAUGAAUGUUCGUUCCUACAUCGGACAGCGGGGGACACAGAGCGCAGAUACCACCUCCGCUAUUAUAAGACGGGCUCUUGCAUCCAUGAAACAGAUGCGAAAGGACACUGCAGCAAGAACGGCUCCCACUGCGCCUUUGCACACGGGUCACAUGACUUGCGCAGCCCUGUUUAUGACAUCAGGGAAGUGCAGGUGAUGGAGACUCAGGGCGGCUCGGGACCCACGGAGGGAGGCGGAGGAGACGGACAGUCAGGGCAGGCAGCAAGCACCGCGCUCAUAGAGAAGAUUCUGAGUGAGGAACCACGCUGGCAAGAUAACAACUACGUGCUGUCCCACUACAAAACAGAACUCUGUAAGAAACCUCCUCGUCUGUGCCGUCAAGGUUACGCCUGUCCGUAUUACCACAACAGCAAAGACAGGAGACGCAGCCCGCACAAGCACAAAUACAGCAGAGCGCUGCCGUGUCCAGCUGUAAAACAGAGCGAGGAGUGGGGAGAUCCCAGUAAAUGUGAAGGAGCAGAGGGAUGUCAGUACUGCCACACAAGAACAGAGCAACAGUUUCACCCAGAGAUCUAUAAAUCCACAAAGUGUAAUGAUAUGCAGCAGUGUGGCAGCUGUCCCAGAGGACCUUUCUGUGCCUUUGCUCAUGUUGAAAAGCCCUUCGUCUCCGAGGAACCAUCCUUCCCCAUGCCCAGCUCCCCUCCACCUCCCAGACCUCCAGACCCCCUCCCUUCUUCCCAAGAGGCUUCCUCGAGUCCGAGCGGACACAACAUGGGCCACGGGUCCAUCGCUGACCCCUUCUCCCCCUCCGUCGGGUCGUGCGUGGCGGAGCACGGACUGCUGGGUAACGUUCUGUCUCUGUGCGAGGACAUGAGCGGAGGAGGAGGAGGAGGAGGAGAGCCUUUGUCUCCUUGGGCAGGAGAGGGAGGGUACGGCAGGGCGCCUGGAUUUGAGAGGGAGGAUCAGGCCAAGCAAAGGAGUUUUGCUCUAGAGCAGCGUCACAGAGAAAUAGCAACAGCACAAAGCAAACAGGACUUGUUGGUGUUUUUGCCGGUGGGCAGCCCUCUGAGUUUGUCCUCCAGCAUCCCCUCAAGUCUGGCCGCCACUCCGCCCAGCCCCGCCCCUCUCGGACACCCGCUAACCAGCAUCUCAUCAGGCAUGAACGCCAACGCCCUGCCUUUUUACCCCACCAGUGAGACAGUGGAGUCAGUCGUCGAGUCAGCCCUGGAUGAUCUUGACCUGAAUGACUUUGGUGUGUCAGCGUUGGAAAGGAGCUUGGACAGUAGCUCUGGUCUGCCCAGUGUGGGAGUGAUGCUGGGAGGUAGUCAACUUCAGAGCUCUGCCCCAGUCAACAUCCCAGGAUCCUUCAGCAGCUCUGCUCCUUUCAGCUCCCCUUCACCCUCUCCUCCAAUCAGGCCACACGCUUCACCAUUCUUUUCUGCUCACCUGUCACAACCUAGCCAAUCAGAGAGCUCCUUCCUGGGACCAUCUCAUAACUCUUUAGGUCUGAAUGGUAUGAGCAGUAAUAUAUGGGAGCAUUUCCCAUCAGGCCAGGGUUCACCUGGUACACCCCCCACCCUACUGGCCUCUGGUCCCUGUGCAGAGUCCUCCAGGCUCAAACAGGAGCUGGAGGAGGCUCACAGGACACUGAAGCAUUGGGGUCACAAUUGGAGACACACAGCUCAGUCGUGGGCCACACUUAAAUCAGAUGCAGAGGACUCUCGUGCCCACGCAACACGGUUAGCCAUGGAUGCAGAGAGAACCAGGCAGGCAGAGGAGGAAGCACAGAGACAGGCCUCUCUCCUGCAGGAGGCGCUGGAUAGCUUAAGGAGCGGCGACAACCCCCAUCGAGCACUGCACCAACUCCAGCUACUGCACCGACUGCCUUUGGAAUCAGUCCUCAGUCUGCAGGCUCAGCUCUGCAGCUGUCUACACGCUGUGGAACAGGUGGUGUACAGGAAACAGAGACAGUGCUGUGUGACGUGUGGAGAGCAGGGCUCGGUGUCCCUGCCCUGCGGUCACGGACUACAGUGUGAGAGCUGCUCCACCUCCACAGAGUGCCCGCUCUGCCCCGAACAAACGCUGGAGCAGAAGCUCUCUUGACCUCACAGCCCAGUCAGACCACCAUGGACCAUUGCAGAUUCCAGACCAGUCAAUCCUGAUUCCACAGAUACCAGCCUUGGAUCUCAAACGGCAUUCGAAUAAUCAUGUCGAGGUCUUUUUUAUAGUGUGGAAAAAACACAAGCACUGAUCUGGUUUUGUACUUUUACAAUGAUGUUUACUGAUAAAUGACCUUAGUGAGCUAUGGUCAGAAAGUAAGAGCUCUUAAUGUGUAAUUUAGGAUUAUUAUAUAUUCCAGUGUUUCCAUUGGAACACCAGUCAAAUUUACUAGUUAAUGUUCUUGACCAGCAACACUGUUUUUUCGUUUUACCCAAGUUCUUUAUUUGAGAAAAUAACCAGAAGAGCAGCUGUUAUUUCUUCUCUUACCUUAACUAUGAACAUUGACAUCAAUAGUUCUCAAUCAUACUUUGAUCUAUUUUAAAGCAUGAGCAAAAGCACCCUAAAGAAAACAUUUGUGGAGUGCUGUAUGUCCAUGUGGAUAGUUUCACUGUGAUUCGUUGAGGUUUGAGGAUGUCUGCUGUCAGAGUAGUUCAACAAAGGUCAAUGGCAUUUGGGUUAUUGGCACUCAAAGCUCCAAAACAUUUUAUUUAAAAGUUUAACAGGAAUGUCUCCAGAAAUCAAGUUACUUAUGAUACACCACAUUCCCCAUAAACUAUAUAGUCCUUAUAUUACCCAUUGUGAGAAGUCCUCAUUUGGAGGCGUUUAACUAAAAAGUAAUUUUAGCUAAACCGAAUAUGCCACAUAGAACAAGAUCUCAUCUAAGUGGUGCUUGAAGGGCUUUAAGUAUCAGUGAGCCACACAAAAUCUCCACAUCAGGGUAUUAUGAGUAUCUGUAUCAUGAUUUCUGGAAAGAUAUGAAUUUAGUGCCAGCAAAGAUCUUAAAAUGUGUAAAAGGAUGGAUGACAAGGCAGGUUAGCACGUUUUUUAAUUUAUAUUUUUGAAGGUGACCAUCAGUCUCAACAAAAUCAACAGGUCUGACUGAAAACAGUUAAAGGGCAUACUUAGUUUCAUCCAGACAAUGAUCCUAUAUUGCUACAGCCAAAGGAGGCCGUCAUACCAGUGUGCUGGUAGCGCUUGUCUAGAUUAUAUUGAAUUUUUUUGUUUUCUUUUUUUUUUUAUUGUUUUUUAGCAAAGAAAUUAAAAAAAUUGUCAAUUACUGUUCAAUAAUGACAGAAAAUAUUUAACAUUUUGUACUAUUUGUUA